ACGACGGCGGCGCGGCGGAGGUGGUGAGCGCCGUUAUCCCGAUAGCGGGCGAACCGGAGCUCUACCUCGUCGCCCUCGGGAAGAACCUGUCGGUGGUUCGCUGGUCGACGUCCGACCCCGACCAGCACACGGCGACCCCGAAGAUCAUCCAGACGACCACCGACGACCACUUCAACGACGCCAAGUGCGAUCCUCGAGGACGACUCUGGGCUGGCACAAUGGGUCCCUUGGAUGAACAUGGAGAACUGGCGGAAUUCAAUAAUUCGUCCCUCUUCAAGUUGGACUGCGAUCUCGUCUUUACUGAUUGGGUUAAGAAGGUGUCGAUCUCCAACGGCCUGGCCUGGAGUCACAGCAAGAAAAAUUUCUACUACAUCGAUUCCCCCGCCAAGGCCGUGUACGUGUUCGAUUACGACGACGAAGCCGGUUCCAUCACUAACCAACGCGUCCUACUGGACUACGAGAGCGCCGGCCUCAAGGACCAAGUGCCGGACGGAAUGACCAUCGACGUGGACGGCAACUUGUGGGUCGCUUGCUUCGGAGGCAGCCAGGUAAUCUGCGUGGACCCAAAGGUGGGGAAGGUCAUUAGGCAGGUCCCUAUCCCGUCCAAGAACGUGACCUCGGUAUGCUGGGGAGGAGCUGAUUACUCCACGCUCUACGUUACUUCAGGAACCCUCAAGAUGUCCAAGGAGGAGGUGGCUGCUAACCCUUCCUCCGGAGGUACCUUCGCCGUUUCGGGCCUGGGCACGAAGGGCCUCCCGCCCGUCGCCUUCAAGGUUGACCUCGAGAAGCUCCGGGCAAAGAUGGCUGCGUGAUGGCCUCCACGAUUUCCUAGGCUGCUGUCUCCGUUUCGAUCCAGUUCCUUUACUGUUCACACAUGUAUUUAUCGCGUAUGUCAAUCAGUGCCAAAAAAGGUGAUCAUUAUUAGCAUGAACGUCAUCAAGUAAAACAGAUCCACAUCAGUGACAGGUGAAAAUAUCGUCGGCUUCUGUUAUCAUCUGGAUGAAGUCAAUCGCUUUUGUACCGUCAUUAAAUUGCGACUCAAA